CAGAAUGGGGAGAUAACUGCGGUAAAAUUAUUUUGUUUACACGUUGAUUUACAAUUUUAGUGAUAUUUUUUUCUGAUGCAAAGACUGUCAUCAGAUUUUAGCAGCUGAUUUAUGCAAACUUGCUGAGGAUUCAUUUGUUACGAUGGAAGAAUCUUACGGGACAUCAUCUUUUAAAAGGAAUUAUGUUAAAAACUCCAGCGGCAACAUUUGCCUUGCAAAAGGAAAAUCCCACUCCACAAGAAAUAGGAGUAUCAUAUCUAUCAGCCAUUUCUUUAGGACAGUAUUUCUUCCUCAAGGUUAUCCUGAGAGUGUGAGUGAAGAUUAUUUAACAUACCAAAUAUGGGACACUGUACAGGCCUUUGCAAGCAGCAUUACAGGUACUCUUGCAGCCCAGGCUGUGUUGAAAGGAUAUGGUGUCGGUGAUGAAUCUGCAACUGUCUUGGCUGCCACUCUCACCUGGUUACUGAAAGAUGGAACUGGUAUGUUAGGACGUAUCAUGUUUGCCUGGUUUCAGGGGACUAAUCUGGACUGUGAUGCAAAACGGUGGAGGUUAUUUGCUGAUAUCAUCAAUGAUAUGGCAAUAUUUCUGGAAAUUAUGGCACCAAAUUUUCCCAUGGUGUUUACAUUCAUUUUAUGUACAUCUGGAGUACUAAAGUCGAUAGUAGGUGUAUCAGGGGGAGCAACCAGGGCAGCCUUGACCCAGCACCAGGCCAGGAGAAACAACAUGGCAGAUGUCUCCGCUAAAGAUGGAAGUCAGGAGACACUUGUCAACUUGGCAGCACUGCUAUGUAGUUUGCUCUUGGUGCCCAUUGUAACUGGGAGACAUAUGUUAAUAUGGACACUGUACAUUGUAUUCACAUGCCUUCACCUGUUUGCCAACUUCACAGCUGUAAAGGGAGUCAUCAUGGAGACGUUGAACCAGGCCAGGCUGCACAUUCUACUGCAAGAGUAUUUCUCGACUGGCAUUGUUUUGCCUCCAAAUGUGGUCAAUAGGCGAGAGCCAGUGUUGUGGAGUACCAGACGAAAACUGAAGAUUCAUUUAGGUGUUUCGCUUGUUAAAAUGUCCGCACAAUCAUUCAAUAUGGAGGCUGUCAUAGAUAUUCUGAAAGUGAAGAAAUAUGUUUUGUGGUUUGAUAGAAAAGAUUCUAUAAACAUAUCUCUUUCGGUGACCUCUGACUUUAUGGACCAGUUAAGGAGCUGCUAUCAUGCGGAGUUAUUGAACUAUAUGGCAGAGGGAAAAACUGUGAUGUUACCAAAGAAUAUUUAUUAUGGGAGUGAUGCAUCCUAUCAAGAAAUUCUCACAGGUGAGGAAGGGUCGUGCAGUUUUGUUGAGGACACUUUUAGUCAGUUCAUACAAGACCUACAUUCUCACGGCUGGCAGACAGAUGUGUGCCUUCUUGGAUCCGACGAGUGGAGGACUAACAUACAUCCCCAUACUGACACAUUGCACACUAAGAACCUAUGAGUGGUACACUUCUUCAUCGCAUAGAAUUACUUUUAUUGAAUGCUGAAUAUUCUCGUUUUGAUGAGAAAAGUCUUGGAUCAGAUGGUGUUUUGUCCACCUUGAUGUUAGGCAUGCAGUAGAUCCAAUGCACAGUUUGAACUGGUUUCCAACAUGGGGCUUUGUGAACAUUUUGUGUCAUUAUGUACAUUAUGUAUGGAUGUAUCUAGUUUGAAUAUUCACUCACAAUGUUAAAAAUAAAUUGGUGCAAAAUAUUGGUACUGUAAAAUGGAUGACUUUUGAUGUAAAUUACUCACAAGAUGGACA